AUGGGUAAAUCCCUAGCCCGUGCCUUGAUCAGCGCGGUCAUCUUUGCCUACGGCUCCUUCACAGUAAUUCUUUACAGCCUCAUUGCCUUGGCGAAAGGCACAUACUUCAAUUGCCCCACUGAAGACGAGAAAAGGGACCUACAGCUUGCUCGCAAUCGUCUGUGGAAUUUAUCUAAAGACUUCGAAGGUCUCUCUCACCACAUUCUAACUCUGCAGAGCGGAUUCAAGUUCCACUUUGUCAGUAACGAUCUCCCGAACACACCGGAAACCAUCAAUUCUGAGAAACCAUUGGUCAUUUUCAUUCAUGGAUUCCCCGAUAGCUGGGCGAUCUGGCGACACAUAAUCAGAAACCCUGCUCUACAAGAAGCCGUUUCGCUCGUUGCAAUUGACCUUCCCGGAUAUGGAGGAACAGAGAGCCUGGAGAAAUAUACUGCCACAAACGUCUUGGAGAAAUUGACAGAGCUGAUCGUCACCCUGCGGAUCCAGUAUGGUGUGGACUCGGAUAAGGAAAGCAACAAAAAGAGAACCAUAAUCGUUGCCCAUGAUUGGGGCUGUGUCUUGUCCAUACGCCUCGCGGCCGAGGCUCCGUCCCUGGCCCAUCGGUUCAUCCUGUCCAACGGACCAUCAAUGAAAUUGGUUGAAUCCAAUAUCCGCCGUCUGCUCUUCUCAGCCAAUAAGAUGCUCGGUAACGCCUGGCGUUCACCACUGCAUGCCCGCGUCCCGCUGAUGCAGGCCCUCCGAACCCUCACCCCUCUCGCCCGCCAGCUUUUCCUAUCCGGCUAUAUCUUUGCUAUGCAGCUACCUACGCCAAUUAUCUCUUACUUCCUGUCCGGAGGCAACCAGUCACUGUUGAAAAGUUGCCACCUCGCCUCGUACAACAAAGAUGAAUGUACCCCCCUCGACGUGGCAAACAGCAUGGCUAGCACUAUGGGUCCAUCCGCCGCAGAAUUUGAUACCAAAACUCCCAGCGGUGAUGCCUACCCCGCCAGCCUCGGUGAACGCGCGUUCGCACAUGUCAUACACAUGGCGGCUUAUUACCGUGAUCGAGCUGCGGUAGCACAUUGGGUUAAGUCCAUUGAGACGGUUGCUAGCUUGCACAGCAUUGCAUCCGAAAAGCGGAUGGCGAGCAGCGGAGCUGGGUUGUUUGAUGAAGGCCCCCCGGGCGCUCUCAAAGCUAGCACGACCAUUUUCUGGGGCAAGGAUGAUAUUGCUCUUGAUCAGAGGAUCUGCCUUGACGGGAUGGGUGAUUAUCUGGUGCAGGGGUCCCAGGUUGUGCUACUUCCCCGUACUGGACAUUGGACUCCGGUUGAACGUGAGAGUGGCGCAGCUCUGAUCAAGACCAUUGAAUGGGCUGCUCAAGGCGAAGAGGGAGAUAUUGUGACAGCCAUUGGUGAAUCCUACCCUGGUGUCCAUAUCACUUUUUCACGAUAA